CCGCGUGUAUGCUAUGCGCUUUCUCCUGCCCUCAUCUCGGCCUCGAAUGCCUUGCCUUCCAAUAUUGGCCGGUCACAGAUGGUACACUCUCUCGCGUAUCACUUUGGUCUGCUAGGUCUUCCAUCUGCGCUAGAGAAUCAAGCAACAUCAGUAGCAAAUUCUGAGGAGCAUGAAGAGGAUGCCUCCACACUGGUCAGAUUGCUUGCUGGAGGGAAUCCCGGUCAGAGCGAAGGCCAAGACGGACAUGGCAGCGGCAAAGAGCAUGCGGCUGCUACAAGUGUUGCCGAUCACCUGGAGAGAGCUGAAGUUAUCACUCCCGAACCUGCUACCGAGCAAGAGCUGCAAGCCUUUCACUCCGGGACAUACAUCGAAGUGCUUCUCUCUGGCAAAGAUCAACAGAGACCUAUGAACGACGAGGGUUGCGGGUUGGUGGACGACUGUCAUCGCUUUCCCGAGCUAGCCGGUCAUGUUCGACUUGUGGCAGGGGCUUCGAUAACAGCAGCCAAGUGCCUUGCAAAUGAUACAGCAGACAUAGCUAUCAAUUGGGAUGGUGGAAGACAUCAUGCACACAAGUCUCGAGCGGCUGGAUUUUGCUACGUGAAUGAUAUUGUAUUGGCUAUCCUCGAGCUCCGCAAACCUCGCAAGAUAGAUAUCAUCCGGGCUCAUGACAAAAGUAAAACCAAUGGCAACAAGCGCGGGCUCAAGCCACCUGCACUGGCUAGCAGGAAGCGUCGUACGGUCUUGAAGCGUCUCGAGAGGCUUCUGUACCUGGAUCUAGAUCUGCACUGGGGAGACGGGGUCGAAGAAGCCUUCCGAGGUUCCUCCUCUGUCCUCACUCUCUCGAUCCAUAAUCGAGCUCGAGGUUUUUACCCGGUCGCUCCUGAUGUGCUCACUGGCAGGAAUGACUUCGAAGAGGGCAAAGACACGUCUGAUGCUCGUAAAGAUGCCCAUUCGCUGCAUCUUCCCCUUCACCCGGAUGCAGGGCCAGGAAGCUGGGCUCGAGUAUGGUCGAGCUGUGUGAUGCCAGUCUUGGCUGCCUACGAACCAGAAGCGAUCGUGGUCCAGUGUGGUUUAGAUGGUCUAGCUGGCGAUCCCAUGAAGCAAUGGAAUCUUGACCUGAACAGUGUUCUGCUCUCGGUGGAUCACGUGCUGAGGUAUGCCCGGCAACGUCCUGGGAUCAAAGUCUUGCUGUUCGGAGGUGGUGGCUACAACUCCCCAAACGCUGCAAGAGGCUGGACUGCCAUCACGGCUCUUGCUCUCGGUCGACUCGACCUAGGUAGUGGCCACGGUCACAGCAGCGCACCACCAGAUGCCGAGUCGCCAGGAGCUCACAUCCGGUCAACGUGCUCCUUGGAAGGCAAGAGCAACGACGUUCUUUUGCCACCUGAUGUUUUGACCCUUCAGUCGGCCAUCCCAGAGACAAGCCCUGACUGGCCGCUCUAUGGGGCUGCUGCCACUCUCGAUAUCCCAGCCGGAGAUAGACUGGAUUUGCUGAAUGACGAGGAAUAUCUCCGUAAAGUGGAGCAA